AGGUCUUUAAAAAAUUUAAAAUAUAUGAUUAGAAUUUAAAUCUCUGUCAAAAAGAUAUUCCAUUGACAUGUCCCAGAAGGAAAAGAACGUUUGAUCUGCGAACAGUGGAGCCCGAGUAGCCGGAAACUUUUCUCUUUGGGUAGCUCUCCAGCAGGGAUUUGGAGGUUGGUUCUGGAAAAGAGUUCUGAGAGAAAGAGAAAAAAGAAAGCUGGGAUUUUGCUGCUGAGGAAAUGGGUUGCAUGAACCGCAGUUUUUGUGUGGGAGUCUGUAUUGGGUUGAUGUUGAUUUCCACGGCGAGAUUUUGUGUCGGGGUCACUGAUCCUCUCGAUGUUAUGGCAAUUAAUAGCUUAUAUGUUGCUCUGGGGUACCCGCCACUUCUUGGGUGGCUUCUUGUUGGAGGAGACCCAUGCGGGGAUAAGUGGCAAGGUGUUGAGUGUGUUUUCUCAAACAUAACGGAACUACGACUUAGUGCUGUAAAUUUGGGAGGAGUAUUGGGCGAUAGCUUGGGAUACUUUGGAUCGAUCUUAGCAAUAGAUUUGAGCAACAACCAUAUUGGCGGGCCUAUUCCAUCAACUUUGCCCCUUACCGUCAGGAACUUUUCUCUUUCGAAUAACAAAUUCAUCGGAAGCAUCCCCGACGUUUGGUCCUCAGCAGGUCAAUUGAUGGACUUGUCAUUAAACAAUAACCUUCUAACUGGGGGAAUACCAGAUACCUUUCAACAGCUUGCUGGUUUGAUGAACUUAGAUCUGUCGAGCAACAAUUUAAGUGGUCAUUUGCCUCCCUCAUUGGGAAAUUUGUCAGCUCUUACCAAAUUGCACUUGCAGAACAAUCAACUUUCUGGGACCCUUGAUGUUUUACACGAUCUUCCCCUGCUGGAUCUGAACAUAGAGAACAAUCUAUUCUCUGGACCUAUACCUGCAAAAUUACUGAGUAUUCCAAAUUUCAGAAAAGAUGGAAAUCCAUUUAAUACUACAGUUAUUCCAUCACCCCCGACUGCAGCCCCUCCUCUUGCAGCGGCUCCAGCGGCAACAUACUCUGCACAAGCCCCUAGGCUACCAGCAAAUGGACGUGUUGUCCCAGAAAACCUGAAGCAUACAGGAGCCGGGGAAAUUUUGACAGCCAAGAGGGUCACUUGGAUUGCUGUUGUAGGGAGUUUAGUUCUUAUUGCAAUCGGGCUGUGCCUUUGUAAGUUGCGAUGCUUGAAAGGAAGGAAAGAGAAAAAAAAUGCUGAGAGGCAUGAUAUUGGUGCCUAUAAGGGCUCUAGAGAAAAGCUUAGAUACACUGAAUCUUCGGUUCCGCAAAAUGGUCUAAUGGAGAAAGUAGUUCCAAGAGAGACAGUUGUGAAACCACUAGAUAGGUAUGUAUUAAACAAUGGAAGAAAGGUUGGCACUCCAAAGCUUCAGAAUGAACAUGAGGUAGAUGUGAAAACAAUGUCUGCAGUUUCAAUGCAUAAGGAGGAUGAUGAGAUAGACACGACCAGCAUGGAUAUGAAUUUCUUGCCGCCACCACCUCCUCCUCCAUUCUUUCCCGUUGAGAAGAUCAGUGUGAAACCGAUGGUGCCUAUCAAAGUAACUACAACUAGAGAUCCCUCUAAGGGUCUGAACACAAGUUCUGUAAAACAUUUCACCGUCGCAUUGCUUCAGCAGUAUACAAAUAGCUUUUCUCAAGAAAAUUUUAUUGGAGAAGGCAUGCUUGGUAAUGUUUAUAGGGCUGAGCUCCCCGAUGGAAAGCUACUGGCAAUCAAGAAAUUGGACACUAAAGUUUCCAGGCAGCAGACUGAUGAGGAGUUCGUUGAACUAGUUUCUAGUAUCUCUAGACUUUGCCACCCUAAUAUUGUGGAGCUAGUGGGUUACUGUGCUGAGCACGGUCAGCGGCUACUUGUGUAUGAGUAUUGCAGAAAUGGGACACUUCAUGAUGCACUGCAUGUGGAUGAUGAGAUUCAUAAAAGACUUUCAUGGAAAACACGCAUCCAACUAGCGCUUGGUGCUGCGAGAGCCCUAGAGUAUUUGCAUGAGAUCUGUCAGCCACCCAUUAUUCACCGAAAUUUCAAGUCUGCCAAUCUUCUCCUUGAUGGCAAGCUUGAAGUUCGUGUCUCAGACUGUGGUUUGGCUCCUCUACUAUCAUCUGGUUCGGUGAGUCAGUUGUCUGGACGACUUCUCACUGCUUAUGGUUAUGGUGCCCCGGAGUUUGACUCGGGAAGUUAUACACACCAGAGUGAUGUCUAUAGCUUUGGAGUUGUAAUGUUAGAACUCCUCACAGGGCGCAAGUCGUACGACAGGUCACGGCCUCGGGGGGAGCAAUUUUUGGUUAGAUGGGCAAUUCCUCAGCUUCAUGAUAUUGAUGCAUUAGCAAAGAUGGUUGAUCCCUCAUUAAAAGGAGGGUAUCCGAUCAAGUCGUUAUCGCGUUUUGCUGAUAUUAUUUCCUCAUGUGUACAGCGGGAGCCGGAAUUCAGGCCAUCAAUAUCUGAAAUUGUCCAGGAACUCUUACAAAUGAUUUAGAGAAGAAGACAGUUGGAGUAGAAGGGGCAGCUUAGUGUGGGGAGCAUGCAGUGUUUGUGGAUUUUUUUCCUGGUAGUCACUCUAUAGAGGGAAGCCUCUUUAAUAUAAUUCAAAACUCAUUAUGAUUAUUGUUGUCCAUAUUGCUUAAAACAAUGUGACUAUUUAUGGUGAAAAGUAUGUGAUGUGUCAGUUUAGUGUUCA